AUGGCCAAGCUGCAGGGCCGCCGCCUGUCGUGCAGAGCCGCGGCCACGGCCGGUAGUGGCGGCGACGAUAGCGUGGUACGGCGCAACAUCGACCGCCGGGACGUGCUUUUCGGCCUCACCGGGUUCGCCGCUGUCACUACCACCAACCUCGGCCUCGCGCUCGCCGCCGACGCCGAUGCUGGCGCUGCCGCCGAGCCUCUGUGCGCCACCGUGCCGAUCACAGCCGAGGUGCUGAAAUGCAACGCGGAGGGGGGCUUCCACUGCCCCGCCGAGUACGACGCCACCAAGGUCGUCGACUUCAGCAGCCUGCCGCUGCCGAGCGGGCCGCCGCGCGUUCGCCGGCCGGCGCACAAGUUGGACGACGAGUACAUCAAGAAGUUCGAGGAAGCUGUCCGGAGGAUGAAGGAGCUGGACGACGAGGACCCGCGCAGCUUCAAGAACCAGUCGGGGAUCCACGAGGCCUACUGCGACGCGCACUACAGGGUGGUGUCCGCGGCCAGCCCGGAGGUCAACUUCGACGUGCACUACUCCUCCAUCUUCGCGCCGUGGCACCGCAUGUACAUCUACUUCUUCGAGCGCAUCCUCGGCGACCUCAUCGGCGACCCCACUUUCGGGCUGCCCUACUGGAACUGGGACUCCCCUGAAGGGAUGGUAAUGCCCUCCAUAUUCGCCAACGAGAGCUCGCCGCUCUACGACGAACUCCGCACGCCGGAACACGUCCGUGCCUUCAUGGAUCUCAACCUGGGGCCGGCGAAGCAGCCCAACCUUCCUGAACCUGAGUGCACCGACGACAUUUUGUGCCUCAUCGAUAACAAUCUCUACAGCAUGUACCGUCAGAUGACCGUGGACACGCCGGAGGAAUUCCACGGCGGCAAGUUCUGCACGGCGGGAAAGAAGUACACGGGGUCGCUGGAGAACGGAGCGCACACGGCGGCGCACAUCUGGGUGGGGCAGGACAUGGGUAACCUUCGGACGGCGGCGCGCGACCCGGUGUUCUACUCGAACCACUCCAACGUUGACCGCAUGUGGCACCUUCGGAGCACCAAGCUGGGGAUGCCCGACCUCCCCUACCAAGAGUGGCUGGACACGAGCUUCGUCUUCUACGAUGAGACGAAGCGGCCGGUGCGCAUCAGGGUCCAGGACGUGCUCGAUACCAGCAAGCUCGGGUACAGGUUCGAGGAGAAGAAGAAGCUGGAGUGGAUGCAGAAGCGCCCCAAGCCGUCCUCCGAGAUCAAACGCCCCUUCAUCGCCCAGAGAAGCGUCACCCCGGCCAGCGCGUUCCCCGUACCUCUCAAGAAAGGGCAGAACGAGUAUGUGACGGUGGAGAGGCCGGAGAAGGCCCAGGCCGGCGGCGGCAGCACCAAGAAGGCACCGGAGGUGCUGGUGCUCGACCUCACGGUCGACCCUUGCGAGUACGUCAAGUUCGACGUGCUCGUCAACGUGCCCAGGGGCCAGGAGGACAAGGUUGGGCCGAAGAACAGCGAGUACGCGGGGAGCUUCACGCACGUUCCGCACGGCGGCGGCGACGGCGGCCGCAUGAUGGAGACGCAGGAGGUGUCGUACCGGCUCAAGCUGCGGGAGAUCAUCGAGGACCUCAAGUGCGGCCGGGAUAAGAGGCUGGACUUCACGAUUGUGCCAGUCGCGGGUCAGAAGACCCUCGUCAACAGCGUGCGCAUCGACAUCCUUUGAUACGCUCAGCUGGCUGGCAUGUACAAUACAAGAUCCAUAUUUCUUCAGCCUCCAGAGCUGUAUAUGCAUCACGCAUGUAUUUCUUAAGUUUGCCCAUCAUAUCUAUUGCUUACUACGCCAUUGUAUGAUUGAUUCUCCUGUAGUGA